AUAUUCGGAAUAAAUCAGGCGUGACCCCGUCCUUUUCCUGCGCGGGUGCCAUCGUGGAAGAGAAGGCCGCCGCGGCCGCCACUCCCGGUCGCUUCUGGCUGGGCUGCCAAGACAGGCCAGCUCUCUGCUCAGAGGCGCCAGAGGGCCACCGCCGGGCGCGGGGCGAAAGUGCGGGCAGUGAGGGCCGAAGGCUGGCAGCCCAUUUGGAGACGCGGGUCUCGGUCUCUCUCUCUCUCUCUCUCUCUCUCUCUCUAGCCGUCGAAGCGGGUCCUGCCCGCCGGCAGCGCCACCUCACGGCCGGGAUUGGACGGGAGGCGUGCCUCCUUCCCCCUCCCUCUCGGCCCGGAGGAUGCUGCGCGGGUGAGAGCUCCGCGGGGCCGCGGCAGCCGGCUGUGCUCAGUCGGUCGGCCAGUGGGGCGCAGGUAGGAGGCUCGCGCGCCCUCGCCGCCCCGCUCCGUCCCGUCGGCCAUGGCCAGCGCGGUCGUCCAAAUCCUGGCUUUCCUGCUGGUCAUCUCUGGCUGGGUGUUGGUGUCCUCCACGCUGCCCACCGAUUACUGGAAGGUGUCCUCCAUCGACGGCACCGUCAUCACUACGGCUACUUUCUGGGCCAACCUUUGGAAGACCUGCGUGACCGACUCCACCGGGGUGUCCAACUGCAAGGACUUUCCCUCCAUGCUGGCGCUGGACGGUUACAUCCAAGCAUGCAGAGGACUCAUGAUUGCUGCUGUCUGCCUUGGAUUUUUUGGCUCUGUAUUUGCACUGAUUGGGAUGAAGUGUACAAAAGUUGGAGGCUCAGAUCAAACUAAAGCUAAAAUUGCUUGUUUUGCUGGACUGAUCUUUAUUCUGUCAGGACUGAGUGCAUUGACUGGUUGCUCCCUCUAUGCUCACCGAAUAACAUCUGAGUUCUUUGACCCCACAUUUAUUGCACAAAAGUAUGAACUAGGAGCAGCUUUAUUCAUUGGUUGGGCUGGAGCAUCACUUUGCAUAAUUGGUGGCAGCAUAUUCUGCUUCUCCAUUGCUGAAAACAAACCAACUCAACGGAUGGUUUAUACAUACAACAGACCUUCUUCUGUGAUGUCUACUCGAACCAAGGCCUAUUCAGCAGAUUUUAAAGGAUCCAAGAUGCCUCCAAAGCACUUUGACAAAAAUGCCUAUGUGUAACUGGAUGGUUGGAGGAAUCUUUUUGUUAUUAAAAAUCAUACCUAUGUGCUGUCCAUCCACAGAAUGAUUUUUAAAAGUGGCUUGGUAUCUUGAGCAUCAGCAGUUUUAUAACUAUUUUAUAAAUGAACUUUUGUCUACUUGAUGUAAAUUUUCUUCACAACUUGUUUUAAGAUUUAUACUUAUACUAGACAUAAUUUAUAACUGAAAAAUAACUUGCUAUUUUUUUGCUUUCUGUAAAAAGAAAUAUAAAUGAAGUCAUUUUAAUUACAGCCAAUAUUGUCAGGGAUCUUCAGAAUCAAAUAUAACAGUUGCAGGUUUUAAAUGGCUCCAUCAGUUUUGAAGACCUGCUAUUAAUAACUUGGGACUAGUUUUAAAAGCAUAUUAAAACAGAUUGAGAUAAGCUUCAGCAAGAACUUAGUAAUCAAUUAUGAAACACCAACAUUGUUUUAAUUCCAGUAUCACAAUUAUAUGGAUUAACACCCCCACCCCACCCAAAUACCCUCUAACACAAAACAAAGAUUUUCUUCCUCAACUUUCCACAAGGUUAAAAUUGGAAUUUUGGAUUUACGUGGCAGCUUGUGUUCUACUAGGUAUCAUGAGCAGAUAAAUAUCUCGAUGUCUGAGGAAUUCUCUCUGUAGUUUUACUUAAACCCUCACCUGCAAAUAGGUUGAAUUAAAUCAGGGCAGUCUCAGGUAUUGAUUGAAACUAUCAACUUUGUCCCUGAAGGUUUGUCACAUUGCUCUAAAAAUUGAAAUUCUCAUCAGACCACUAAAAUGUACAAUGUAAUAUACAUUUGAUUACAUCA